ACUUACAACAAUUGAGGUCAAGUUACUGUUACUAGGUUACCUGCUUCUGUAUCACAGAGCAAAGUUAGAGCUUCAUCAGACUUGCUUGGCUUUCACAAUUUUACUACCUAUUCUUGUUUUAAACAUGGCAUGGUCGAACCAUAGCUACGUUUCUGGACCACCCCCUUACAAUUAUCAGCUUGAAGAAACCGGCGUGCGAAUUGUUAACCAAGAUCCUCCAUCGACGCGGCGUUUACAGUUCCCGAUCAACUUUCCAGUCAGGCCUGUUUAUGCGUUGUCGAUUGUCAUAUGUAUCAUUGGAGCAUUCCAAUUCUGUUUCGGCGUUGUCAACAUUUUUCUUGUGCCUUAUUUCACAUCGUAUGUUGCAUUUCCAGUAUGGUGUGGUCUAUUGUUCAUUGCAAAUGGAGUUAUUGGAUGCUGUCUUUGGAAAAACACAUCAAAAUGCAUGAUUGGUGCAUUUUGUGGCCUAAGUAUUGCCUCCUUGAUUCUGACACUACUGAUGCUGGUUGCGUAUUCAUUUUCCUUGAACUACUUCAUCAAUGGUUAUUGGUAUGAUUACUACUGCACUUAUUAUCGCUGUGACUACUACAGAAGGAUCUCUAUAUUUACAGAAAAAUUUUCUAUAUUUUCUUCAUCGUUCAUGAUGGUGCUGAUCGUGAUUGAGCUUGGGUGCUCUAUUGCUGCGGUUGUGUACUCAUGCAAAGCCUACUCAAAAUGCUGUACAACCUGUCUUGUUGAUGACUGUUGUGCUUGUGUCGGCUGCUGUGAGUGUGAUACCAGCUUAUUGACUCUGAACCAGCCAUGGCAACAACACGGGCAACAGUUGCAGCCAAUCAACCGCAGAAGCCAAGAACAUCAAAUGAUUCAACAACAACAACAACUGCGAGAAGCGUUCUCCGGAGUUUCUCAAGGAGCUAAUCCGUGCAGUGCAUUACUCAAUGUGAUCAUUAGCAUGCCUGGAGCGUCUUAUUUGGUUGACACCGUCAGAUCAGGUCAAAAUGAUUCACAAGCUCAGACAGUUGCUGUAACAGUCCAUUCUAGCAAUGGAGAGGAAGGACAGACGUUGAAUCAACGUGCCCAGAUGGAGCCUGGUGUUUCUGGGAUUCAAACCAGGCGUGUUUGAAGCCUUUCAGAAUAACCAAACACAAAGAGCUUGGCUACAGUUCAUGUCCUCGUUAAAUGGUUAUUGCACAGAAGAACUGAAAGAAACUGGAUAUCAAUUAUAUCUGUUAGUAGUAGUUCAAAUGUGUUUUCUGGUGAACGAUAUAUCUCUAGAGAGCACAAUAGCUUAUUUAGGCAGUGCUAAACGUAUCUCUAGUUUGCAGUUUAGUUUCAAAUAUAUCCUUUCCGACCUUAUUUGUAUGACUUUGGUAAAGAAUGCUAUUGAGGGGGGAGAGAGAAGGGAGGAUUAAACAAAUGUAUUCCAAGAACCCAGCUUUUCUUUCAAGGUAAAUGCUGAUGUGGCAACAUCAUUGGUCCAUCUUAUUAAAGGCUGCUAUGUAAUAAAUUGCAGUUAGAAGAAGAAGGUUCUUGGCUUGCAAUGUUAAUUUCUUCAAAAGAUGAAUAUCAUGCGAUUCAUCUAAGUAAUGUAGACACAGUGCUAGACAAUUAUAUCUGCAUACACAAUGACAUAGGUAUUGGAUAUCACUGAUUGGCAAUUCGUACUUUUUUAUCAAUUGGCAUGCAGGUCGAGGUGGUUUUUAACCUACUUACAACAUAAUAAUGUAUAGCUACACAAACGUUAAUUAACUAAAUACAAAGAGCUUUCAAACUACCAAUCUACAAAGCAUAACAUGCGAUUUAUUUGAAUAAUCUUGACAUUAGCAUUUAAUUAAAAUUUGUAUAGUGUUCAAUUACGAUCCCCGUACAGUAAUAUAAAUGCCUGAUAUCCCUAUUCUAUCAAAUUACAUAUUCUAUCAAUAUCGUAAACUGUACCUUAUUAAUCAACUAUGUUUGUUUGAUAAACAAUUACGGCUCAUUUUGUUUUGAUUUAUAUCUUCUUCACUAACUGCUAUUUUAUCAUUUUUCGCAA